ACUUUUAUUUUCUAGUAUUUUUUUUUUUGUGGCAGGUCGCCGCUUCGCUCUCUCGCUACAGAACAGCUAGUCUCUUGCGCCACUUUGCGUCCUGACAGGAAACACGCAAUGCGUGACAGGUGACGCUGCCAGUUUAUUACUGCCAAUGAACACGAGGACGACUAAAUAUGGAGUUCUCAUUGGUCAAUACGGCUUUGAUGAGGGCGGGGACUGUGCGGCCAUAGACCUAUGGCGUCCGACAUGUAAAUUCCGUUUGAAAAUUUCCCGGGAAAUCCGAGUUUCGCGGGAGGGCUCUUGAGCGCGUAAACCGUAUCCCUUCAUUCAUCAGGCCGUUUCCUGAAGCCAUUUCUAGACGGGGGAAACCAGAGUUGCGCUACUUUUUAAUCCGUUGCAUCUGCCUAAAUGCACGUUCAUACGGAAAAAUACUUUACAAAAAGCGAUGAAUCAGACUCUCGUCUUUACUUUGGUCUGAUUAUUUUUGAAAUUAUUCAGUCGGAUUAGUAGCCAGGCGGGCUAGAAAGUACAGAGACAAGAAAGGGGUUACCCCGAAUCCGCAAGAUGAGAAGAGGGAUCUCCUCGGCUCCGGACAAAGUGAUUUUAGCGGGGGUUGGGGGUUCUUCUUUGGACAAUAAUAUAAUUUUAACAACUCUCUCGGAUCGUUUAAACUCCGGACAAGCCAACGCCACAUUUAUCCAAAUAAUUACCACCCCACCGCCUUGCAACGUUACACAGACACCAAAUGUGUGUUUAUCUGAGCCUCAGAUAAACAACAUUUACACAACUCCACAGCAAGCUGCAGCAAACGGAACGGGACAACGACCCAGUUUGGGAAGACCGCCGGCAAAAAGGCGGCUGGCACUUGACGAUUCAGACCACCAGUACCAGUCAGAACCAGUCAGGACUCCACGGGGCAGAGGAGGGGCCACAGCAACACGACUAAAGACCCCUCGAACGCCUAAAUCUCCACCAGAGAAGACUCGGUAUGACACCUCCCUGGGCCUGUUGACCAAGAAGUUUGUGGACCUACUCGCUCAGUCUUCAGAUGGCGUUUUGGACCUCAAUCUCGCCGCUGAAACAUUACAGGUACAAAAAAGGCGACUGUAUGACAUCACUAACGUACUAGAAGGCAUCCACUUAAUCAAGAAGAAGUCCAAGAACAACAUUCAGUGGAUGGGCUGCAGUCUGCUGGAGGUAGAGGGGUCACUGAACCAGAGACAGCGGCUCACAGCAGAGGUUUCGGCACUUGGAGAAGAGGAGCAGAGGCUUGAACAACUUAUUCAGAAAUGCAGCCUGGAUGUGAGACACAUGAGCGAGUUGCAGAACAACCAGAAAUAUGCCUAUGUCACAUACCAAGAUAUUAAACAGCUGGGAAACCUCAGGGACCAGACUGUGAUUGUUGUGAAAGCGCCUACAGACACCAAACUAGAAGUACCAGACCCAGAUGAGAGCUUGUCUAUCCACCUGACUAGCACCAAGGGUCCGAUAGAAGUCCUUUUGUGCCCAGAUGAGGAGAAUGACCCAAAAAGUCCUGUAAAAAAUGGAGAUACAGACAUCAAUGGGAACUCUCCUUUCCUCAAAGUCCUUCAAGAUUCUAGCUGCACGACCGCUUCUCCCACCGUCCCCUUGCCUCCACCUCCCUCCUCUGCAGCUGUCUCUGUUACUACUCUGUCCCCCAUUUCGUCCCCUUACACCAGCCUCCUCCAGCAAACAGAAGACCAGAUCCCAGCAUCCUUGGGGCCUUUCCUAAACCUUGGGCCUCCUCUCCUGGACCAAGAGGACUACCUUUUGGGUUUGGGAGAUGACCAUGGAAUCAGCGACUUGUUUGACGCCUAUGACUUUGAUAAAAUGCCGUCUUGCCUGGACGACCUCCUGUGCAGCUAGCAUUUGCUGAUAGAAAUUCACAUUUAUGUGUGGGAGAGAGGGAGCAUAAGUGAGUGUUGAUGCAUGUGAUUGGUUGUGAGUGUUUAAAUAUGUGUACAGGAAACAUUGAGGGCCUUUUCAGUCCCUAGAAGCCAUGUUCUCAUGACAUGAGAGAUGAAUGGCCUUGAUUGAUUUCACACAUACAUGGCACGACUGGUCUAUAAGGACGUAUGCAUUACUGCUCGUCUCAGGCUGAGGGGGGGCUUUACUGUAGCUGAGAGUUUGGUGUAUCCAAAAGCCUUUAAAUGGAGGGUUUGCAGCACUGUACGGAGGGGACAGCAUAGACUUUAGCAAAUAUCUCCCACACUGCCUGAUGUUAACACGCAUCCUGAGUGAUUGCAUUAUAUUAUUAUGGCAGAGGUGUAAAUGUACCAGAGAUAAAUAGAUGAUCAUCCACCACCGACUGUGGGUUGUUGAAGACAAGGGAAAAGGAAAACUUGGUUUACUGGAGGAUCCCUGUACAGUCAAGGACGGGUAAUCUGUCUGUCCUAAUUAUUUACAUAUCAUGGCGUUUCAGUUGAGGUUAUACCAAGUGAACAGUUCCCAAGUUUAGGACAGUAUUUUUGAACAUUUUAGGAAUUAAGACGUUUUAAAUCGGGACGUUUGGGUACAAACAGGAUUUAAGAGGUCAGUUGUUAACUUAUUUGUCUUGUCUCUCUGACAGUAACAUUUGACUUGGUAAAUUGAGAGCAAGUCUGAAGCACCAUGUAUCCACAGACGUAUGGAGAGCUUCAUGGAGCAUUGGCCACAAGUAACAUUUCAGACAAAGGCUAAAUAUCAAAUGGAAAAUAAGUGGCAUGAAGUGAUACUUUUAUUAAGACGCACUUAUAAUUUUAUACGUGUUCUUCUCAAUUUGUAACCUGUUGAACAAGUAGAUUAGUCAUUUUCUCUAAGGUACAUUUAUAAAGUGCAAUUGCACAUUACACAUUUUUGACUAUUGAAGAUCAUCUACAUCUUCUCUUUCUCAUUGUCUCCCAGUGCAGGGCUCAAAUGCUUUUCGCCUCUCCCCUCCAUCUCCAUCAGCUGAAGCUGCCAUAACCAAACCCCUCCCAAUGCUGCCUGCUCAGUUAGACUGUGUCCUGUGAAAUGAUACUGUGGUUUGAACUUAAAAUAAAAUGUAGAGCCACUUGGUGCGCACUGCCUUUUCAGUGUGCACUGAGAGCAAUGUAGAGCAGAUAGGUGAGUGUUAGUCCUUUAGUUUUGUUAUGUUUAU